UUCCACAACUGUGGUUUAUCAGCUCCAAGGGGAACUGCUUCACGAGCAUGGAUAUGACUAUCUGCUUACAGGAAGAAUGACGCAGGACUGUUUAGAGAAUUUGUUUUCUGUUAUCCGCAUAAAGAAGCCAGUGCCAAGCGCGUAUGACUUCAAGUAUGCUCUCCGAAUGGUCUGUGUGAGCCAGUUUGUCUACACUUCGAAGACAUCUGGUUAUACUGUAGAUGACAGAGAGUACCUUGCAGACCUGUUCUCAGCUUGUCCGAGGGCUGCACCUCAAGAGGCUACUCCGACGGAAGAGGUCAUUGAUGGCGUGCUUGACUCAAUCACCAAAGAAGAGGGUGAUAUCUUGGCGUACGUUGCAGGAUUUCUUCUGCGGACAGUGCUCAAAAGUGUUAACUGCAACAACUGCAAAGGAGCCUUGACAGCGAACUCUAACAGCCAACAUGGAACACUCAUUAGGCUCAAGGAAUUUGUCAGAGACGGUGAAAACCUCACGUACCCCAGCGACGCAGCCAUGAAAUUUCUCGUCGAUUGUGAAGAGCAGUUCAAGGGCCUGACCUACACCACUGACAUUUUGAAUCUAACCUCUCCGUUUAAAACCAUUCUGGCUGUUCUUAAAGGAAACAGUACCGUGAAUACCGGAGCAUGCUAUCCACACAGAGACGAUGUCGAGCGGCUGCUUCUAGAAAAGUAUCUUCGCUUCAGGUUGAAAGUUCACUUGAAGCAGGCUCGUCGCGACGAACAAGCAAAUGGCCAUUCCAGCAAAACGUGCGCUGGAGUGAACCUCUCUUAAGGCUCACUUAAUCCACAGAGUGGCUACAAAGGAUCAAUUUGGCAAAUGUAUUACAACUGCAAACAUGGAGUCUUUAAUGGGCAUUAUACAACGAUGAUAAACACCUCUGUGCACCAGGACAAAUUAUGUUCCAUCAAACAUGCAAGAGUGAAGAUUUCAACUUAUGAUGUCAAUGUGCAGUGUGAGCAAACUGCUCUGUGUGCCACAGUUCUCUGGCUUGGUGUGUUAAUGAACCUUACCUCGAAGCAUGCAAAGCGAAACAACACUGGGUUCCAUCCUUACCGCUGGCUGUUUAGAACUGAAUGAACAUUGUAUCAGUAUGCAGUAGUGGAUAAACUCUGCAUGAUGCAUUUUAGUCUCCAAGUUAGCAGUCAUGUUGCAUUGGCUAAAUUUCUCGGCUGCAGCGAGAACUCUAAUCGUUUUCACCUCAAGAACCAUAGUAAAAAAAAAGUCUAACACCUUCCGGUACAUUACUAAUUUUAACCUUUGGGUGGUAACUUAAUAUGGUGUAUGUGUAUUUAAGAUCAGUUAGCUGUUAUUUCACCAAAGGUAAACAUUUAAAACUUGAAAAGCAUCUGUGUUUUUCUGUGACCAUCAAAUCCUGUACAAAUUACUUCACGCAGGGCAUGAAUUAUGUGCGAAAGGAGCCUUUUUCUUGACCUACAAGUAUAGUGUUGCUGUACAUCAAAGUAGACCAACCCUUUGCUCUAUAAACACUAAACAUGUAAUUUGCAUCUACUUUCUUUGCUGCCUAUUUGUUUAUCGAUUAAGUAGCUUCAACUAUCCCACAGAAUAUCAAGGGUCUGCUCUUUCGCUGUGUUACAAAAGUUUGCAAUUUUAUGAACUAGAUUGGACCGGCCUGCGAGUGGAGAUUGCAUCAGGUGGUGGGAAUGCCUCAAGAAAUUUUAUUGAAUGUCUCCAAGUUGUUAGGAAUUUCAGUGCAAUAUGAAUGUCUCAAAGUUGCUUGUUUUUAAUGAUCUGUGCUGUUUUUCGUUUGAGUUAUUGUAUUUACAUUCCUGUAAAGCUUUCAGGAAUUUCAGUGCAAUAUGAAUGUCUCCAAGUUGUUGCUUCAGUCUAGUGCACUGCACUGUUUAUUGAUUGACUGAGUUAUUGUAUGUACAUUUCUGGAGGUUUUUUCUGUUGUUUCUAUAGUUACUUCCAUAAGCUUUGGUACUGCAGAGUGCCAUGCAAAUAAAAAUGCAUUUUUGUUCCUGAAAUUGCUACAAUGUGUGUAUGUGAAGCAGCA